UUUCUUUACCUUUUUUUCCCCUCCUUUUUCGUUUCUUUCGGGUUACAGCGUGGCAUUCGUUUGCACCCGCUCCGUCUACCUCCUUUGAGCUCCUCUUCCCUCCCCGUUCCUUGUUCUUUCAAUCUUUGAGUGCUGGCUGCCAAGGGUAGCGCGUUUUGGUCGUUUGGAGCAUGUCUUCGGGUCGAUCGCCAAACUCGAGUCGCGCGGCUGAUUCCCCCUCCUCUGCAGCCCAACCCGACUUGGGUGCGUUGCUUCUUCGCGUGGGCUCGACUGUCAUUGACAACUCUGCUCUUGCUUCGCCAAACCCAAAGGCGGGUGCCCCCUCAAACAUUGCGUCGCCGGCGGCCAACGGCGCCUCCAGCCCGCGCACCUCCACUGGGCUGUCUGUGCCAGAAUUGCGAACUCCCUCCGGAGUGUCUCAGCCGAACUCUCGUCCAACCUCCAUCAACCGAUAUUCUCGAUCCGAAGAGAAUGUGUCAAACUACGUUCCGUCCCCCAGUUCUACGAGUUUGAAUAGUGACAAUCACCGGUCAUCAACACUCUCCGUCAAUGACGAUUCAGAGGCGGACCCCGAAGAAGACGCCGAGGAGGCGUGCUUGUGGUUGCAACGCUCUGGUUUUCCCCAGUAUGCCCAGUUUUAUCGAGAAAAUAUUGAAUGCGACCCUGCACAAGUUAAAGCCGAUCACGAUUUUCUCAAUGACGAGCAGCUGCAACCUGUGACCAAGCGUGUCCUGAUUUUGAACGCUGCCUUGCUUCGGCGGGCUCGCAAGUCGCCCGGCUCCAAAGCCCGUCGCUCUCUAGCCAAGGUCCAGUCUUCGGAGAUUGAGUCGUCGGAUGAGGAAAGUGAUGAAGAAGACACGCCAUCCAUCCAAGUCGACGCUGCUCCAGCGGAUGAAGACUUCCAGCCGCGUCCCCCGCGUCGGCGAUCUCGAGGCAGUAGCCGUCGAGGCCGGAAAGCCGAAGGGGCUGGCGCGACUGCCCAAGACAUGGACGGCAGCACCGACACACUUUCUGAAUCUCUCGAUGACGCCGGCCCACUAACUCCUGCGCUGAGCAGCAACUGGACCUUCCGCAGCGAUAGCAAGAAAUGGUCUCGCUCGUUCAAGGAGGCACGGCGCCUGUCAGACUCCCCCCUUGAAAACAUCACCCUGGCAAAGAUUUAUGCGCAAAAGUGGACGUCGUUCAUGCGCCAAAAGAGCACAGGUGGGCGCCCUUCGACGCCGUCGAGCUCCGAGAAGGUGAUUGCAAACCUCUCGUGUCGGGAAAUGCUCGUCGUGCAGCGUCUCUCCGUGCUGUCGCUCACUGGCAUGCUGGACAAUCGAGCUGGCGCGGACUCCUCCUUCACUAAGCGAUGGGAGAAGAAAGUGAUGCGCAGCCUGACGAAGCUACUUGAGCCAAACCGCAAAAUCGUGUACAAUGCGGUCGGUGUGUUUGGAGUUCCAUUGCAGACCAUCCUCGAGCGCACUGGCCAGCCAUUGCCGUUGAGCAUCUACGACGCGCUCAUGUACCUUGGCAACCACUGCGCUCAAGUGGAAGGCCUCUUCCGUAAAGCCGGUGCUACGGCUCGCAUUCGAGAUUUGCGCGAAAAGUGCGACAAGGGCACCGAAACCAUUGAUUUCACCAGCUUCUCGCCGCACGACGUGGCGGAUGUCGUCAAGCAGUUCUUCCGCGACUUGCCCGAGCCUCUUUUGACGUCCACGUUGGUUGAGAUCUUCAUCGAAGCAGAGAAAACCAACACUGAACAAACCCGGCAUCAGAUGAUGCAGCUACUCAUUCCGCUUCUUCCCGAUGAAAACCGCGAGGCGUUGCAAUUGGUGCUGAGCAUGCUUGUCAAGAUUGCUGCCAAUGCCCAAGGGUCUGGUGACAAGAAGGGCAACCAAAUGGACGCUCGCAAUCUUGCGCUGGUAUUUGCGCCCAAUAUUUUCCACGUCGACCGCAAUCCGCCAAAAAGCGGAGGCAAAAACACCUUCACCAAGGCUGACAGUCGCGAGUCUGCCCUGCGUGAGGCGCAAGCCCAGGAAGUUGCUUCCAACUGCCUGCAGCACAUGAUUGAAGACACUGACGCGCUGUUCCGUGUGAGUGACGGAAUCUUCGAGCAGGCCUUGGACGUCACGACUGGCCAAGUCCCGCCACCUGGUCUCUUGCAUCUGUUUGAUGCGACCCACCGACCAUACUUUGCCAGCCUGAUGCAACAGCAAACAACCAAUCUGAUGAACGAAGCGUCCGGCAAGUUCAAGUCCUUCUUCUUCCACACUCGAACGGAUGCGGUUCGCAUUGCCUACAAGCGCGAGGAAGACGAGAUGCUCCAGACGUGGUGUGGUCAAGCAAUCGCAAACACGUCCCCAGAACGUGCUCUUGAGCGACUCGUCCAUCAGCGAUACCUUUGGGAUCCCGAAGUCGAGAAGGAGCAUUUGGUCGAAGAGAUUUCCAAGGAGAUGGAUGUCUUCCACUACACGCGACGAGGCCGCGGGCCCAUCCGGCCUCGUGAUUACAUUCUUCUCCGGUCUUGGAAGAACUUUGGAAAUGGAAAAUGCGUGCUGGUGUGCGUAUCCAUCCGACACCCGUCCGUGCCAGAGGUACCCGGCGUCGUUCGCGCAACUGUCUACCAGCACAGCUUCUAUAUCGAAAAGAAUGAUGCCGCGACCUCCAAAAUCACGUACAUUAGUCGAGUGGAUCUCAAGGGUCGCACCCCCAACUGGUACAACCGGGCCUAUGGCGUGCACGAUGUCAUGGUUCUCACCGACAUCCGCAAGGUUCUGGAUAUGCAGCAGUUGCCUGGUCCCGAGACCUGUGUGUAACGUUUUCUUAAAAAGCAAAACAAUCGUAACAAGUCGCUUAUUUUUGGUGGUUGCUGCUGUUGGUGGUUGUUUGUUUGUACUUGUCGUUGAACCAACAAUGCUCUUUUUCUUGGGUUUGUGUUAUUGCUGCGCUCGGCGUUUUGUCAAAAUCGAUCUUUGAGAGGGAGAGAGAGAGAAAACAAAACAACCCUGUAUUCAAC